AUGGGUUCCCACCUGAAGGAAGUAAAAGCCUGUCUGUCAGUUCUUUAUUUUGUAACUGUUCAGCCACGAGGCGGGGUGGAAGGCGGCCCUGCAGCAUUGCGGAAGGCUGGUCUGCUGGAGAAACUUAAAGAACAAGGGUGUGAUGUAAGAGAUUAUGGGGACCUGGUCUUUGAUGACAUCCCAGAUGACAGUCCGUUUGGAAUUGUGAAGAAUCCACGGUCUGUGGGAAGAGCCGGCGAGCAGCUGGCCAGCAAGGCGGCAGAAGUCGAGCAGAAUGGAAGGGUCAGCCUGGUGCUGGGCGGAGACCACAGUCUGGCGAUCGGAAGCAUCUCUGGCCAUGCCAGGGUCCACCCGGAUCUCAGGGUCAUUUGGGUGGAUGCUCACACUGACAUCAACACUCCGCUGACGACCACAAGUGGGAACUUGCAUGGACAGCCUGUGUCUUUCCUCCUGAAGGAACUGAAAGGAAAGGUAAAAGGCUGGCUGGUGUUCUAUCAGGAAAGAAUACUCUUUACUAGAAUUUCAGGAGGCAGAAGUUCUGGAAGUCAUAACCUCUGUGCCAUCAUAUUCUUGGUGUAAUCACGAACCCUUUUCUCUGUUGCUAGCAAGUAAAGGGUUGAUCGAUAAAAGUGACUAUAUCCUGAUAGACUGCCAACUGGCUUCAUGUAGAUCUUUCCUUUGGAUUCUAAAACUGCUGUUUUUAGUAGGCAGGGCAGAGAGUAAUCUUUUAUAAACAAGUCAGCAGAGGCUGAGCGGUUAACCAACUUGCCCAAGAUCAUAUGCCGAAUCU